GUCAAUGUGGAGGCUAUAUACAGGGGGUGCCGGUACAGAGUCAAUGUGGAGGCUAUAUACAGGGGGUACCGGUACAGAGUCAAUGUGGAGGCUAUAUACAGGGGGUACCGGUACAGAGUCAAUGUGGAGGCUAUAUACAGGGGGUACCGGUACAGAGUCAAUGUGGAGGCUAUAUACAGGGUAUUACGGUACAGAGUCAAUGUGGAGGCUAUAUACAGGGUAUUACGGUACAGAGUCAAUGUGGAGGCUAUAUACAGGGGGUACCGGUACAGAGUCAAUGUGGAGGCUAUAUACAGGGGGUACCGGUACAGAGUCAAUGUGGAGGCUAUAUACAGGGGGUACUGGUACAGAGUCAAUGUGGAGGCUAUAUACAGGGUGUUACGGUACAGAGUCAAUGUGGAGGCUAUAUACAGGGUAUUACGGUACAGAGUCAAUGUGGAAGCUAUAUACAGGGUAUUACGGUACAGAGUCAAUGUGGAGGCUAUAUACAGGGGGUACCGGUACAGAGUCAAUGUGGAGGCUAUAUACAGGGGUACCGGUACAGAGUCAAUGUGUUGGCUAUAUACAGGGGGUACCGGUACAGAGUCAAUGUGGAGGCUAUAUACAGGGGGUACCGGUACAGAGUCAAUGUGGAGGCUAUAUACAGGGGGUACCGGUACAGAGUCAAUGUGGAGGCUAUAUACAGGGGGUACCGGUACAGAGUCAAUGUGGAGGCUAUAUACAGGGGGUACCGGUACAGAGUCAAUGUGGAGGCUAUAUACAGGGGGUACUAGUACAGAGUCAAUGUGGAGGCUAUAUACAGGGGGUACCGGUACAGAGUCAAUGUGGAGGCUAUAUACAGGGGGUACCGGUACAGAGUCAAUGUGGAGGCUAUAUGCAGGGAGUACCGGUACAGAGUCAAUGUGGAGGCUAUAUACAGGGGGUACCGGUACAGAGUCAAUGUGGAGACUAUAUACAGGGGGUACCAGUACAGAGUCAAUGUGGAGGCUAUACAGGGGGUACGAGUACAGAGUCAAUGUGGAGGCUAUAUACAGGGGGUACCGGUACAGAGUCAAUGUGGAGACUAUAUACAGGGAGGUACUGGUACAGAGUCAAUGUGGAGGCUAUAUACAGGGUGUUACAGUACAGAGUCAAUGUGGAGGCUAUAUACAGGAGGUACCGGUACAGAGUCAAUGUGGAGGCUAUAUACAGGGUGUACCGGUACAGAGUCAGUGUGGAGGCUAUAUACAGGGUGUUACGGUACAGAGUCAGUGUGGAGGCUAUAUACAGGGUGUUACGGUACAGAGUCAAUGUGGAGGCUAUAUACAGGGGGUACCGGUACAGAGUCAAUGUGGAGGCUACAUACAGGGGGUACAGGUGGAGAGUCAAUGUGGAGGCUAUAUACAGGGGGUACCGGUACAGAGUCAAUGUGGGGGCUAUAUACAGGGGGUACCGGUACAGAGUCAAUGUGGAGGCUAUAUACAGGGUGUUACGGUACAGAGUCAAUGUGGAGGCUAUAUACAGGGAGUACCGGUACAGAGUCAAUGUGGAGGCUAUAUACAGGGGGGUACCGGUACAGAGUCAAUGUGGAGGCUAUAUACAGGGGGUAGCGGUACAGAGUCAAUUUUUAUUUGA